CCGCACUAGUAGCGUUCGGUCGUCCGCGUAGUACUUUAGCGGCAGACCUGCACGUUCGACGUAUUCGCCGUACACCGGGCACGUACACUUUGUUUUUUUUUUUGUUCAAAUAACAACGCACUCAAAGACAAUAGUAAUUGAUAAUACCCGUUAAUUAUUAUCGUCGUCGCCGCGUUCGCUAUUAUUUUUUUUUUUUUUUGUUCUCCGUCAGUGUCCGUUGUGCGAUUCCAUUCGUAUCACUGUCUCGUCCACCCGCUUCGUCGACGUCGUGCUCACCACAUGCAGCGGGAAUACCGUCGUCGCCGUUCGUCCGCAGCAGCCCGUCCGUCGUCCGACCGUCGCCACGUCGUCGUCGCAUAGCAUCCCGCUCAUAGUACGUACAAACAUUCUGUUAUCGCACCGUCGUCGUCCGUCGAAAUCUGUCCCGUCGAUCGCGACUCGCGUACGUAACGUAUAUGUCAACACCGCGUUGACCCGGCGGACACCCGUUGUUCCGCGCGCGCCGCGUCCGAUUCCCGCCCAACCGCUCUGUCGCGCCACACCGCCGUCGCAGCCUGCACUGGUCGCGAGCACCGUCCACGUGAUAAAAUGCUAAUGGACACCGAAAUCAAAAACUGUUCCUCCGGCCUGCUAGCCGGCGGAGGCCAUCACAUGAGCCACGCGUACGGCAACUUGAACCAGAUGGGCAUGUUGGCCGGCAUCGGGCCCGCGGGCGUCGUGCUCGGCGGUCCGCAAGUAGGUGGCGGCCAACAGCCGCUGUCCUCUCCACCGCCGUCCCAGCAGCAGCAGCAGCAGUCCGCGCUCCAUCAGCAGCAACAGCAACAGCAGCAGCAGCAACAGCAGCAGCAGCAGCAGCAGCACCACCAGCACAUGCAAGCCGUGCACCACCAUCACCAGGUGGGUGGGCACGUGGUGGGCGCUGGCGGACAGCUGCAGCUACCGUCGCCCAACAACAACAACUCGUCGUCGGCCAACAAGAACCAGAACGUGGACCGCGUGAAGCGGCCGAUGAACGCGUUCAUGGUGUGGUCGCGCGGGCAGCGCCGCAAGAUGGCCCAGGAGAACCCGAAGAUGCACAACUCGGAGAUCAGUAAGCGUCUGGGCAGCGAGUGGAAAAUGCUGACCGAGACGGAGAAACGGCCGUUCAUCGAUGAAGCCAAGAGGUUGCGCGCGGUACAUAUGAAAGAGCACCCGGACUACAAGUACCGGCCGAGGCGCAAGACAAAGACGCUGAUGAAGAAGGAAAAGUACCCGUUGCCGGGCGGCGGCGGCCCGCUAUCACUGGCCGGUGCCGGCGGACAGCCGUGCGACAACUCAGUGGUGGGCGGCCGGAACACGGUUUCUCAGGCCGCGUCGGCCGCGGUCCAACAGCAGAUGGUAAACAGCAGCCGGGAGCUGUACCACCAGAUGAACGGUUACAUGCCCAACGGUGGCUUCGGCAUGCACCACGACCCGAACCCGUACGCGCAGCAGCCAUCGUACGCGUCGCACAUGGCCGCCGCGUCUCAAGCGGCCGCCGGGUACCGAUACGACAUGCCGCAGAUGAACAACAACGCGGCCGCGGCCGCGUCCAUGCACUACUUGAACGGCAGCUACAACCUGUACUCGGACAUGAACCAGUACCAGCAGGGCCCGCCGUCCACGUCGCACAGCCCGGACAGUAUCAAGUCCGAGCGCAUCACGCCGCCCGCGCAGUCCGGCGGACACUCGCCCAGCCCUAGGCUGUGCCAGCAACAGCAGCAGCAGCUGCACCAGCAACAGCAACAGCAGCAACAGCAGCAACAGCAGCAACAGCAGCAGCAACAGCAACUCGGCAGCAGUGAUCUGCUACGCAUGUACAUGCCGCUCGAAUCCAGGCUGUCCGCGGCCGCGCAAGGCCACCAACAGCCCGCGCACAACCAUCCGUACCUGUCGCACAGCCAACAGCAGAACCUCGUCCAACAGACCCAUCCGCACUCCAUGUCACCCGACCUGCAGAUGGGCCACUUGGGCCAUCACAUGUAAGCGGCACGGAACACCAGCAGCAGCAGUAGCGGCAAGUCGUCCGAGCAACUACACCGCAAGCUACAGCCACCGCCGACUUCGCCGACGACGGCUGCGCCACUUCGCUCCGCACGACGUGUCAUGUAAGCCAUAAAUAAAAAACAAACAAAAAAAUAAAUAAACAAAAAUUAACUAACAAUGUUAUAAAUGCGCGAACGGGAGAUCACGAUCUUAUCUCUCAAAAUGUUUCUUAUUUUUUUUUUUUUUUUUAUAUAUAUAUAUAAAUAAAACAACUUUGUAAAAUACCUACUGCCCCGUAGAAAAGAACUUAACACACAUUGUUUUUUCCUAUUUUUAUUUUUUUUUUUUAAUUCCGUUAUUUUUUUCUUUAAAAAAAACGUGUGUCGGCCUUUUUUUAAACCACGUUAAAAUCUAAACGUUUAAUACGAAUUGCGCUGAAAUUGAAUAACGUUCUCUCCGCUGAAUUCGGAGUUUCAAUCUCGCACGUUAUAAAAAUUAAAAUUUUCGUUGAACCCUCCUCUGUAUUAUUAUUAUCAGUAUGAUAAUUAUUAUCAUUAUUA